AUGCAUCUGAGGAACAAAGAGGGCCGCCGCCUUGGACCGGUCAGAAGCAUAAGCACUGCUGGGGAGUUUAAACCGGUUAAUAGUGCACCAAAAAUCACUCUUAGCUCACCAUGUAGACGGUGUUUCUUAUUGACAAAUAUGAAAUUAAAAAAAAGCAUUUCUCGUGGCCUCUCGGAUGAAACAAAUAAUCAACAGAAAAAGCUUAUUGAAAGGUGUUGCAAUGCACUUAACUUAGAUUUUUGUUUGUUUAAAAAAAGACGUUUCUCACUGUUAGUACUAGCUUUUACUAUCUGUUCAUUUGGCCACAUUACUAAUUACAUUUUAAUUCCUGCCCAUAUAAAAACACUAGGGUAUAGUAACACUUACAUUACAAUAGGUGUAUCUAUAAUUGGUGGCGCAGAAUUGAUCAGAAGAAUCGCUGUAGGGUGGUUUGCAGAUCUGAAUUUUAUUCAAAAGAAAUAUAUAUUCGUAGUUUGUAUGUUUAUUGGAGGAGUGUUUGCUUUGAUAUCACCACUGGUCGGUACUUUUACGUUUAUGGCAGUGUACGCCGGAGUCGCGGCGGCUUUUCCAGCGUCUUUUCUUGCCCUUAUAUCAGUGUUAGCGAUUGAAAGUGUGGGUAUGGAAAAUUUUGAAGCAGCCUUCUCGAUCAUGUUUGUCUGUAUGUCAGUUCCGUCUUUGAUCUGCCAGCCUAUCGCAGGUUGGAUGGCAGAUUAUUACGGAAGCUGGUAUCCUGCAUUUAUCUUAACCGGUAUUACUCUAAUUUUUGCUGGUGUUAUACUUUUGAUAGAACCAGUUGUCAUUCGAUAUGGCAUGGGCAAAACCUACUCAUUUAAAAAUGUUGAUAAAGAAGUGGCAUCUCCAGUAAAUUGUAUACAUUUGAAAGCUCAUAAACAAGACAAAGAAGACAAUGAAAUCAAAUAAUCCUGAUAUUAUCGAAGAAACACACGUUCUUGCAUUGGAAAUUUAAUCCCGAAGAAAUAACAAUAUGUAAUAAAAAACAAAAUAAAUUUACUUUGAUGUAUGUUAUAUGAGCCGCGCCAUGACAAAACCAACAUAAUGGGUUUGCGACCAGCAUGGAUCC